AUGGCGACUGAAGAGUCCAUCAUCCGCAUUCCCCCUUACCACUACAUCCAUGUGCUGGACCAGAACAGCAAUGUGUCCCGUGUGGAGGUCGGGCCAAAGACUUACAUCCGGCAGGACAAUGAGAGGGUCCUGUUUGCGCCCCUGGUCAUGGUGACCGUCCCCCCACGCCACUACUGCACCGUGGCCAACCCUGUGUGCCGGGACGCCCAGGGCUCGGUGCUGUUCGACGUCACCGGGCAAGUUCGGCUGCGCCACGCUGACCUGGAGAUCCGGCUGGCCCAGGACCCUUUCCCCCUGUACCCGGGGGAGGUUCUGGAGAAGGACAUCACCCCGCUGCAGGUGGUCCUGCCCAACACGGCGCUCCACCUGAAGGCGCUGCUGGACUUCCAGGAUGAAAACGGAGACAAGGUGGUCGCCGGAGACGAGUGGCUCUUUGAAGGACCCGGCACAUACAUCCCCCGGAAGGAGGUGGAGGUCGUGGAAAUCAUCCAGGCCACCGUGGUCAGGCAGAACCAGGCUCUGCGGCUGAGGGCCCGCAAAGAGUGCCGGGACCGGGACGGCAAGGAGAGGGUGACAGGAGAGGAAUGGCUGGUCCGCUCGGUGGGCGCGUACCUCCCGGCGGUGUUCGAGGAGGUCCUGGACCUGGUGGACGCCGUGAUCCUCACGGAGAAGACGGCGCUGCACCUCCGGGCGCUGCAGAACUUCCGGGACCUGCGUGGCGUGGCCCGCCGCACCGGGGAGGAGUGGCUGGUGACGGUGCAGGACACCGAGGCCCACGUGCCCGACGUCUACGAGGAGAUGCUGGGGGUCGUGCCCAUCACCACGUUGGGCCCCCACAACUACUGUGUGAUCCUCGACCCCGUCGGACAGGAUGGCAAGAACCAGCUGGGGCAGAAGCUUGUGGUCAAGGGAGAGAAGUCUUUUUUCCUGCAGCCGGGGGAGAGGCUGGAGCGAGGCAUCCAGGACGUGUACGUGCUGUCGGAGCAGCAGGGGCUGCUGCUGAGGGCCCUGCAGCCCCUGGAGGAGGGGGAAGGCGAGGAGAAGGUCUUGCACAAGGCUGGCGACCACUGGCUCAUCCGGGGGCCCCUGGAGUAUGUGCCGUCCGCCAAGGUGGAGGUGGUGGAGGAGCGGCAGACCAUCCCCCUGGACGAGAACGAGGGCAUCUACGUGCAGGAUAUCAAGACGGGGAAGGUGCGCGCGGUGAUCGGGAGCACCUACAUGCUGACGGAGGACGAGGUCCUGUGGGAGAAGGAGCUGCCGCCGGGGGUGGAGGAGCUGCUGAACAAGGGGCAGGACCCUCUGGCCGACAGGGGUAAGGAGACGGCCAAGGGGCCGCCCUCGCCCUCCGUCCCCCGCAACAAGACGCGCGUGGUCAGCUACCGCGUCCCGCACAACGCGGCCGUGCAGGUGUACGACUACCGGGAGAAGCGAGCCCGCGUGGUGUUCGGGCCGGAGCUGGUGUCGCUGGGCCCGGAGGAGCAGUUCACGGUGCUGUCCCUCUCGGCCGGGCGGCCCAAGCGCCCCCACGCCCGCCGGGCGCUCUGCCUGCUGCUCGGGCCCGACUUCUUCACGGACGUCAUCACCAUCGAGACGGCGGACCACGCGCGGCUGCAGCUGCAGCUGGCCUACAACUGGCACUUUGAGCUGAGUGACCGGAAGGACCCCAAGGAGGCAGCCAAGCUCUUCUCCGUGCCCGACUUCGUGGGGGAUGCCUGCAAGGCCAUCGCGUCCCGGGUGCGGGGGGCCGUGGCCUCGGUCACCUUCGACGACUUCCACAAGAACUCGGCCCGCAUCAUCCGCACGGCCGUCUUCGGCUUCGAGACUCUGGAGCCCAAGGAGACCGAUGCGGAGGCUCUGCUCCAGCCCCGGGACCGGGCCGUCUUCCCCCAAAACGGACUGGUGGUCAGCAGCGUGGACGUGCAGUCCGUGGAGCCCGUGGACCAGAGGACCCGGGACGCCCUGCAGCGCAGCGUCCAGCUGGCCAUCGAGAUUACCACCAACUCCCAGGAGGCAGCUGCCAAGCAUGAGGCUCAGAGACUAGAACAGGAAGCCCGGGGCCGGCUGGAGCGCCAGAAGAUCUUGGACCAAUCAGAAGCCGAGAAAGCUCGCAGGGAGCUCUUGGAGCUGGAGGCUCUGAGCACUGCCGUGGAGAGCACUGGGACUGCCAAGGCGGAAGCUGAGUCCCGUGCAGAGGCGGCACGCAUCGAGGGACAGGGCUCCGUGCUGCAGGCCAAGCUGAAGGCAGAGGCCUUGGCCAUUGAGACGGAGGCCGAGCUGCAGCGGGUGAAGAAAGUGCGCGAGCUGGAACUGGCCUACGCCCGGUCCCAGCUGGAGCUGGAGGUGAGCAAGGCCCAGCAGCUGGCCGAGGUGGAGGUGAAGAAGUUCAAGCAGAUGACGGAGGCCCUGGGCCCCAGCACCAUCAGGGACCUUGCCAUCGCUGGGCCAGAGAUGCAGGUGAAACUGCUGCAGAGCCUGGGCCUGAAAUCCACCCUCAUCACCGACGGCUCCACUCCCAUCAACCUCUUCAGCACAGCCCUGGGCCUCCUGGGGCUGGGGUCCGAGUUCCAGCCGCCAGCCAAAAAGGCGGCCGGCGGUCCCGGCCCCGAAGAACACCUGCUGCUCCAUUCCUCUCAGAUCCCUGGGGACAAACCCAUUGUGCCUUAG